GCUUUUCCAAAAUUGGAUAUCACAAAUAUAGUGGAGUAUUCGCAUGAAGUGGAUAUUCCUGGAUGGUGCCGUGAAGAGGGAUCGCCCUUUGGCGAAUUUCACUCAGAAGCAUUGCAAGUGCCGCAUGGUUGCCGAUUUGGGCAUAUAAACGAUCGGCAACUAUGCAAUGAUUAUGCGCACUGGAAAGAUGCUGCAUACAAGCAGUGCAAAACUAAGGUAGUUGGAGACAAACGAAUGUCAGCACGAUCAUUUGCUGUUCUCGAACCGUGUGGAUUGGACCUGUUCACUGGGGUUGAAUUUGUUUGCUGUCCAGGCGAUGAAAAAACAGAAGCUGAUAUCAAAGAUGCUUCGAUGAAAAGUGUUUCGCAGGAUCCAUAUUUUAAAUUGUCUGAUCCUGCCAACGAACAUGAACGUUUCAAAGAAGCGCAGCAACGCCUAGAAAAGCGUCAUCGUGCAAAAAUCAAUAAGGUGAUGCGUGAAUGGUCUGAUUUGGAGACGCGUUACAAGAAAAUGAAAAAGACCGAUGAGAAAGGCGCUGAAGCAUUCAAACGAGAAAUGACCUCGCGAUUCCAAAAAACGGUUGCUUCAUUAGAAGAGGAGAAUAAGGAGCAGAAGAAGCAGCUUGAAGACGUCCAUGAAGAGCGGGUGCAGGCACACCUUAAUGAAAAAAAGAGACAGGCAACGCAUGAUUAUCGGGCGGCGUUAGCUGUACAAGUGGGAAAAGCAAACAAGCACAAUGUGCUUAAAACACUCAAGACAUAUAUUCGUGCAGAAGAGAAAGAUCGUACACAUAUGAUCAAUCGUUUUCGACACUUGCUUCGCACGGAUCGGGAUGAAGCAGAAACAUAUGAACCGAUAUUGCUUCAUCAGUUGCGCUACAUUGACCUUCGUAUAAAUGGUACACUGGCAAUGCUUCGAGAUUUCCCUGAACUGGAACGACAAGUCCGACCUAUAGCUGUGGAAUUCUGGACAGAUUAUCGGCGAGAGAACACACCAGAGGUCACCGACGACGAGUAUACAGCCAUCGGUGGAGAUGAGCAAAAUGUGAAACUUGUGCAUUAUUAUAAGCCAGCGAAAACGUCCAGCAUCUCCGGUGAGGACGAUGAAGAAGAGGAGGAGGAGGAGGAGGCGGAGGUGAAAGAAGGAGAGUCAGAUGACGGCGGCACAAGCGCUGAAAUAAAGAAGCAGCAAAAAAGCGAAUCCAAAAAGGUGGCGAUUGAAAAAAUAGUUCAGAGAAAACCGGGCACUAAAUCUGAAAAAAAUAAACCAACUACUGAUGAUGCCGAUGCUGCGGGUGAUGAGGUGAAUUUUGCUGCUUUCAUUUCAAAUUAA